UUCCGCUCUCUCCGGUCCUUUUCCUCCGCUAAAAGGUUCACCAUGUCGGCCCAUUUGCAGUGGAUGGUCAUCAGGAACUGCUCCAGCUUCCUCAUCAAGAGGAACGGACAGACGUACAGCACAGAGCCCAAUAAUCUGAAGGCCAGGAACUCAUUCCGCUUCAAUGGUUUGGUGCACAAGAAAACUGUAGGUGUGCAGCCAGCUGCCGAUGGCAAGGGUAUUGUUGUCGUGCUGAAGAAGCGUGCCGGCCAGCGCAAACCUGCCACUUGUUAUGACAAAAUCACCAUCAACAAGAACGCCCGCGCCACCCUCAGCAGCCUGAGACACAUCAUUCGCAAGAACAACUACAGGAAGGACCUGCGCAUGGCUGCCCUGCGUCGUGCCUGUGCCAUUCUGAAGAGCCAGAAGCCUGUUGUGGUUAAAAAGAAGCGCACCAGGGCUGCCAAGACAGCAUAAACUGAAAUAAAUGAUUAAAGAUUUCUGUUUGGAAAAAACACAAAA